AUGUCGGUCUCUGGACGGCCGAGAGGCUACGUGGCAACGACACAGCAGCGGACCGACCAGUCGGCUUGCCAGCGGCCGGAUGGUAUCUUCGGCACGUCCCACGGGAUCGGUUUCACCAAGGAGAACGAGCUGUUCGCCGGCCGUGUCGCCAUGCUUGGCUUUGCCGCAUCGCUACUUGGAGAGGCCAUCACCAGGAAAGGCAUCCUUGCCCAGCUGAACCUGGAGACGGGCAUCCCCAUCUAUGAGGCGGAGCCCCUGCUCCUCUUCUUCAUCCUCUUCACCCUCCUUGGCGCCAUUGGCGCUCUCAGGGACCGUGGUAGGUUCGUCGAUGAGGAGGUCACCGGCCUGGACAAGGCCGUCAUCCAACCCGGCAAGGGCUUCCGCGGCGCCCUCGGCCUCAGCGAGGGAGGGCCGCUGUUUGGGUUCACCAAGUCGAACGAGCUGUUCGUGGGGCGGCUGGCGCAGCUGGGCGUGGCCUUCUCCAUCAUCGGCGAGAUCAUCACGGGGAAGGGCGCGCUGGCGCAUCUCAACAUCGAGACGGGGGUGCCCAUCAACGAGAUCGAGCCGCUCGUCAUCUUCAACGUCCUCUUCUUCUUCGUCGCCGCCAUCAACCCCGGCACCGACAGGUUCAUUAUCGGCGAAGGCGAAGAAGAGUAG